UAGGCAUCAGUGGCAUGCCACCUCGACAAAUCACACCUAUUGCACCUGCAAAUAUUUCUAACAUUGUUAUGAAUAAAAUGCAGUCCAUCUCAGGAAUUAAAAAUCCAAAUAUACCCGAAACGCCUGCAUCCAUGUCAUUGACCGAGCUGGACGAUGGUGACAGGCAGCUUCUGUCGAAACGUAAAAUUCAACAAUUGGUAGACCAAAUUGAUCCAAAGGAGAGAUUGGAACCGGAGGUAGAGGAUAUACUACUAGAGAUAGCGGAUGAGUUUAUAUCAUCAGUGAGCUCAUUCGCAUGCCUUCUGGCCAAGCAUCGGAAGUCCGAAACUCUAGAGGUGAAGGACCUCCAACUUCACCUAG